UAAGACACUUCUUUGAACCUAUAUGUCUAGUUGUUAGCUGUUGUUUUUCGCUUUCUUGUUUUUGACAAGAAAGGGGAACUGUUAUGUAGGUAGCAGAAGAUGCAGGAAGCGACGUAGCCGAGCUGACUCUAGACAUCAGGCAGCUGAAAAAACGAGGCCCUCCUCAUCUCCGCGGUCCUAGUGCCGUUGCCGACACAUGACAUCCUUCGGACCGGAGAGGUUGUUGACACGCCACGGUUGUAUUGUUAGCCGCGUAAACAAAUACAUCUACCAUCUGCAGAUGCGAAUCCGAACGAAGCAGCUGAAGACGGAGAAGAAGAAGAAGACAAAGCACAGGGGGGGCUAUGACGUUUAGGCCUGGCCACAGCAACGCCUGAUCAACCAUGAUGAAGACAGAACCCCCGUCUGCGGCCACCAGCACCUCUGGCGCACCGGCCUCGGCCCCGGCCGCCGCCAGCACGACGUCCCUGCGCAGCGCCUCCCCGCACCGCAACGCCUACGAGGCCAGCAUGCAGGCGCUCAAGCAGGUCGCCACGGACACGCUCAGCAACGCGGCCAAUGGCGAGGAGCCCAAGGACGGCAAGGCCCGCCCCACGGGCCGCGGCCGGCGCUACGGCUCCAACGUGCACCGCAUCAAGAACAUGUUCAUGCAGAUGACCACGCCGGGCGAGGAGGACGGUGUCGCCGUCCCCGCCACCGUCACCGACCAGGUGCGCCUGUCCAUCCCCCGAGCCAGCAGCCUCAACGACAACAUGGAUCAUCACGACAACAAUGACGCCGCUGCCGAUGCCGCCGUGGCGGCCUUCAAGGUGUCAGACCGUGCAAGCCGCUUCGACUCGAAGUCGGGGUGCGGCGGCGGAGGAGCGGGCACCCCGCUCGGGGCCCCCGCUGGCUACUCCAAGCUGCAGGAGAUGCGCAAGAUCUUCGAGCAGCGGCACCAGCAGGAGAAGCAGGCCGCCACCAACCGCAUCCUGCUCAAGAAGGAGCGCGCCUCCGGCUUCCAAGAUGGACGCCUGGACGUGGUGGUGCGCUUCAAUGGCAGCACGGAGUCUCUGGACAGCCUGGAGCCGACUGUCCCCGCCGCGAUGGGUGGCGGUGGUGGUGCUGUUGUUGGUGGAGGGCCGACGGAAGCCGUUUCGCCGACAGUCAGCCAGCUGAGCGCCGUGUUCGAGAAACCGGACGUCCGGAACAACGUCCACCGGUCGUCCUCAGCCUCCCCGCUGUCCUCCCGGGGUGUCAGCCCCACCCCGGCCAAACCCCCUCCACCACCGCCCCCCGGCUCCAAAGCAAGCGGCAGCGGCAAGAAGGUGCGGAUACUGCCUCCGCAGGAGGAGACAGACGGUGCAGCAGGAAGCGGUGCUGCUCCGGGUAAGCAGCAGGACGCUGCAGCUGCUGCUGCUGCCACGGGGAGCCCCAGACGAGGAGGCCCACGCCCUCAGAUCCCAGAGAAGCCUGGGUCAUUAACAUCAGCCAAAACGGAGCCACCGCCGCCACACAGCAGCAGCAACGACGCACAGCAGGCCAGGCAGGGGCAGGAGCCAGGCGUCCAGGGAUCAGAGCAGGGCCAGGACCAAGCCGGGGAUCAUCAGCAGGGAGGAGGGGGGGACGCAGGUAGUAGCCCCGACGCUGCCAGCCGGCUGGUUCAAGCCGACGUCCACGCCUCUCUGGAGAACGGCGAGGCACCCGCCACAGCCGGAGCUCCCCCGCAGGUGCGCAUCUCCGAGGCGACGGACCAGGACGGAGAGCACUUGAGGGGCGGAGAAGACCUGGAGGACCAGGAUGAAGAGGACGUGUCGGUCUCGGAAUGCCGCAAGGACGACUAUUCCGUGGACAUCAGUGCCUACAGCGGGGUCGGGGACGACUCGGGCGGGAGCCAGCUGGACGAGGACGAGGAGGCGGACGAGGACGACGACGAACCGUUCGAACCCGAGUCCAGCUGCUCCGAGAUCACAGGCCUGCCCGCCGAGGAGGAGCCACCCGCCAACCGCAAGAUCCGCUUCAGCGUCGACCCAAUCAGGGUGUUUACCACAUACUCCAAUGAGGACUACGACAGGCGUAAUGAUGACGUGGACCCCAUGGCCGCCUCCGCUGAGUACGAACUGGAGAAACGAGUGGAAAGGCUGGACCUAUUCCCCGUAGAGCUGGAGAAAGAUGGCGACGGCCUGGGCAUCAGCAUCAUCGGCAUGGGGGCGGGCGCCGACAUGGGCCUGGAGAAACUGGGCAUCUUCGUCAAGACCGUCACCGAUGGAGGGGCGGCGCACCGAGACGGCAGGAUCCAGGUGAAUGACCUGAUCGUGGAGGUGGAUGGCACCAGUCUGGUGGGCGUGACCCAGAGCUUCGCUGCCUCCGUCCUCAGAAACACCAGCGGCACCGUCAAGUUCAUCAUUGGUCGAGAGAAGCCGGGCGAGCAGAGCGAGGUGGCCCAGCUGAUUCAGCAGACGCUGGAGCAGGAGCGCUGGCAACGGGAGAUGAUGGAGCAGCGAUAUAACCAGUACAUGGAGCACGACGAGGAGACGGGUGAGUAUGGGACGGAUGAGGAGGAGGAGAUGAGUCCCAUGUUCCCCAACGCCAUCGAGGUGUUCGACCUGGAGAACGAGGACAUGCUCUCUCCAGUGGAAAUGGACCCCGAGAAACUGGUACACAAGUUCAAAGAGCUCCAGAUCAAGCAUGCCGUCACUCAGGCUGAGAUACAGCAGCUCAAGAGGAAGCUGGCCCACGCGGAGCAGGAGAAGCUGCGCUGGCGUAUGGAGCGCGCCCAGUUGGAGCAGAGCGUGCGCGAGAGCAAGGAGCGCAUGGAGAAGCUGGAGGGCUACUGGAUGGAGGCGCAGUCGCUGUGCACGGCCGUGGACGAACACCUGAAGGAGACGCAGGCCCAGUACCAGGCCCUGGAGCGCAAGUACAGCAAGGCCAAACGACUCAUCAAGGAGUACCAGCAGAAGGAAAUCGAAUACCUGAAGAAGGAGACAGCUCAGCGGAGAGCUCAGGAGGAGACGGAGGCCUCCCACAAAGAGGAGACAGACAACCUCCAAGACAAGAUUUCGGACCUGGAGACCAAGGUGGACGCUCUGAAGACCUCAGAUCCGUCCUAGAGCUCUGAGGCCGAGGAAGAGAGAGGGAGGGAGGGAGAGAGAGGGGAGAGUCUGGCCCUCAAACCCCAGCUCAUCCCUUUCCUCCUGCCAGCUUCCCCCCUCCCCCAGCAAGAUGCGAAAGACAGAAGAACGAAUGAAGAAUCAGCAAACGAGAGUGCCACUAAUAUGGAGUCAAAAGAAGACGGGGUCAAGGGAGGCUACUGAGGAGAGGGGAGAACUAAGACAAUUUAAAAAAUCAUCUAACAAAAACAAAACAACAGACAAACAAAACAACGCAACACAAAAGCAAAAGUGUCUUUCGAAAUUUCUUGUCGUUCUCUGUGAUGUUUGUCAUAGUGUCUGCAGUACACGACAUGUGACAAAGUCUUCGGUAUCAAAUAUUAUACAGCUCUAACCAACCAACCACCAAGUCACCACAAUAACGCCAGUGAGUCUCUCAGUUCACCAGUAUGGACUUCUCUGUUACGUCAUCACUUUUUUUGUCCAGUCCAUGCGCAUGACUGGGCAGGCCACACACAACAGCAUCAAAGAGCAGAUAGCCAUGGCAACAGAAUCUCAAAGUACCCGACAACAGACUGCAGUGGAAACCUAGAAUAUCCCAGUACACAAGAGCAGAAUGCCAUGGCAACAUAGAAUCUCACAGUACUUGCACGAGGGAAAAAAAACAUGGCCAACCCCUUGUGAUCUGUCGAUCAACUGGAGGAAUCGAGUUGGAGAGAGAGAGAGCGAAAAACGGAGAGAGAGAUUGAAAGAGAGAAAAAAAUGAGAGAGAGAGAGAGAGAGAGAGAAAAAAAUCUGCUUGUACAGAAGGAAAUCCCUGUGAGAGGACGAGACUGAGCUUGUACAUAUUCUUUACAUAUAUUUAAAAAUAAUGUUUUUUGUUUGUUUUUAUUGUUUUGGUUGUUUUUUUGGGUUUUUUUUUUAGAAAUGCUUAAAGCAAUGUGCAGGGGAUGGUGUGGAAGGGAGGGAGAGAGGAUGGAAAGAGAUGCUGAAGGUGUUGAUGUAUCGCACCUUUAUAUCAAGGGGGUGGGGGGGUGGAGACAAAAUGGCGGGGGUGCGGAGGGAUGUACUGGCUUAAUACGACUGGAAGACAAAACGGUUUUAUUAUUUCCCUUAGCAGGAUUAGCAACAGCAGCUUGGAGGCCAAACAGGGUUUGAACAUGGACUAAGCUAGAGCUUUCUGUGUAUCGCUGGGUCGCUUGCUUCUUCUCAGUAAACAUAGUUAACGAACGUUUGAUGAACUUUUGAGUUAAAUUCAGAAGAAGAAAAAAAGAGUCAGUAUUAUGAAAUGGUGGCGUACCUCACUCUCUGAAUUACGUCUUGUCUGUCUGUCUGUCUCCCAACCAAGCUGUGACGGCUGUCAGUGGAGUUUUUGAAGGCGUGAAAGGUCCAUGUUGGUGAAGGGGGGAGUGAAGGAUAAAGAAUUACACUUCCCAUGAGUGCUAGGGUGAGCUACGGAGGGGUAAAAGUAGUAGAGAGGGUGGAUCAUGAGUGUAUAUGGUCCACACAGUACUAUACUUAACCUCAGAAAACCAGCAAGCUGCCUUCUUCCCCUUCUUCACUUUUGUUGUUUAAUCUCAUUGGCUUGGCAUUGUUAUUCCCUCGUAUCUUAACCAACCAAUAGAAAUCCACUCCUUGCCAUGCCGUCUCGCCGUCCAACCCCGCCCCCCAACCCCGCCGGGCAUUCUCCCUGAGCGCUUUGACUCUCACUGCUUUCUCAACCUCAAAAUGGCCUACCCUUUUAUGGCAUGCAGGCCUUGUUUUUUAAUAAAGCUCAAAUAUUUUACCUUAAAAUACACACAAAAAACACUGCACCUCAGUCAGCAUCAUCAUCAUUAUCAUCAGACAUCCUCAUGAAGCGAAUAGAAACCAUUUCACCUUUUAGAUGUGUAGAAAAGCCAGCCGCCGUCUUUGCUGCCACGUCACUGACUUACGUAGGCUUCUGUAGUAGUGUUUAAAAAAAAAACAUCUUUUUCGUCCAUUUCUAGUUGUUCUUAGCCAAUCAGAACGAAGCCUCGACCUGGUAAAGUAUUAUUUAAUUCCUUCGAUUGGAUGGCUGGGAAAUCCCAUAAUGCCCCUUGUCAACCUUGACCUCAGACCCCCUGCUCUGCCUUGGCUCCCGUAGACAUACAUACUGUAUGUACAAAUGUCUAUGUCUAAGUUGGCUCGUACCGCUAUGGGCCUCUGCUGUUAACGCCCCAGCGCUUUAGGCUUUAGUUUCUGUUGUUACAUAGGUGUUAGAUUAAGCUGUUUUGUUAGGACGUGUGUAACAGGCAAACACGCACACAAAACGUGCCCACACACACACGCACACAUACACACGGACAAACACGGACACAUACACACAUAAAUACAAAUGGUCAGACUGUAAAACAUACUGUAUUCUGAAAAGAAGGAGUGAUAGGACGUCUUAAGGGUUUUUUUUUUUUAAUAAUGUGGUGUUAUUGCCAUGGAGAUUAGGCCUUAUGAAUCUGAAUUUGUCUUAACGGUUUUCUCUCUCCCACUUAGACAUAAUGUAUAGUACAUCAGUUGUCAUUCCAAAUGACAGUGCAGUCACGUGAUGUCCAUGCACUGUAAUGCACCCCCCCCAGUGUUCCACAAACAGAACAAUGUUUCCAUGACGUCACAAUGAGGUGUUCUAAGUCAGUCUCAGGUGUAACUGUGUUUCAAUAAGUAAAGUAUUAUCCUCAACAGCUUGGUUGGGUUCAGCCAAAGGUGCAGAGAGAAUCCUUUGCAUCUUUGCACAAAUACAAGGUAUUACGACGUAGACAGCCCCUCAAAGCUGUGCAGUAGUUUCCGUAUUAUACACAACUUUUGGGGGCUAAACUAGGACAGGACGCAUGGUAUUUUCACCAUUUUUUUUAAAGUUUAUAGUAGAUCAUCCACGUACGUAGCUAUCAGACAUCGACUCUGUGCCAUCAAUGGGCCGCGCGUCACCAGACAUCAGCCAUCUCUCAUUCACAACCCUUUGACUUACAAUCAGCCCCCUCCUGCUUUAACAAGGGCAGGUUGUCUGUCGGUCAGCACCACACCAAUGCAGUACCAGCUCCAUAUCCCUGACACCAGCGCCGGGCGUUAUGUGUUAUAUCAUGGACAGUCUAGAGAGAUUAACUCACACCAAUUGCACCAGAUGAAUCCCCCCCCUUCUGCAUCCAUAGCACCGGUGGAGAGAAAGGCGGGAGCGUUCAGUACAGUACAGUACAUCUGACCCCAUUUGACCACACCAUUUCAGAAAGAGCCUGUUGUGCUAACUGUUUUAUUUUUUUUUAAAUUUCAUGUUGGUUUUCUUUGUUUGCUUUCAAACUCACCCUGUUGAGAGGCGGUCCGGUAAGAAGUCAGGAACAAGCCGCACAGCUCUUCUAAGAACUUCUCAUAACAAUGAUGCGCCGCCGACAUUCCAUGAACCACAGACGACGUCAUUCCCUCAUCGCGAUAUUACAGUAUGUUUGUUGUUUCUACCACAGAGACCUGUGGUAAGGUCUUCUCUCGGGACAGUGAGUUUGAAUGGACUGAUUCGACAUUGAAUGCUGCGUUCAGCUUGAGCAAGCUCUCCCACAAAACAACACAGAGGGCGUGUGAAUAGCCUCUGUAGGCCUACGACUACGCCCGGGACGCUCCACGACACGCCAACAGACAUCUCAAAGGAGACCAGCAGAAGUCGCCUUUUCUGACGGGCCAGUGGGUCUCCAAAAGGACAGCCGCAAAACAGCACCUGGAAAUUGUUUUGGUUAGAAUGUGCAAUGCCAAUCCAGGUAUUGUUUUCUUUCUUUUUUCUUUUUUUUUUAAACUGCGCACCCACCCAGCUUUGCUUUUUCAUUGAUGUUUUAUUCCUAUUUUAUGUUGUUUUUAUUGGCUGCCUGCUGCUGUGGAUGGUGACCAUGAGAUGAGAUGAGAUGAGAUGGGUCUGAUACUGCACACAGCUGUCACAGAGCAGGGUCAGAGAGGCUCUAAUGCCAGCACAACUCGGCCGCCACUUUUUGCUUUUCGAAUAGGAACAACACAGCUCAAUCGUAAAGCAAAAAGUGGCGUCCGAGUCGCGCUAUGUCGAGCUGUAGGCCUACCAGAAAAUCACCAGUGGAAAAGAGGCAUAAAGGUAUUAUGAGAGACUCCACUCACUCAUAACUUUUCCAGGUGGUACUGCACUCUAGGGGCGCCAAUGGAGGAGUGCAGACUCCAUUCAGAAUGAAUGGGCUGCACGCACAGUCUCGACAGUUCGAAGGCUGUAUGUAAACCGGCUGUCACAGAGCAGGGUCCUCUGGCGGUCUACACUCUCAACCCAUCUAUCUUGGGGUGUAAGUCUAUCUGUGUCCUCCUGUCCUUCCCUGUGGCCUCUUGUGGACAUCUUGCCUCAGUGUCGCCCAGGCUCCAUGGAGAUAGCCAUAAAGUUUCAUGCAGCUAUCAUGCAUGUGGAGGGCGACUUUUUGGGGUCUUUCUCCUAUUUGACAUCCUGAUUUCAAAUGAGAGAAUGACGUUUGAAUUUUGUGUUUGCAUAAUUGCAUAGAUAUUGAAUAAAACCUCAGAUCAUUGAUGACAUCAAGCCUUGCAUGUGUCAUGAUGUUGGGGGCCAGAGGAAAGGACAGGAGGACAAAGAUUGACUUUCACGCUUGUUCUCAAUCGGGAGAACAGCUGACCAGCAGAACCUGGUUCCGGCUCUGGUCCUCUUGGAACCGGGCUGCGUCAAGAACUCUAGAAUGUCAGUUCUCUCUAAAACGUCAGCAUGUGAGAGUGGGCGUGGCUAAAAUGUCCCAGAACGUACAGAAAGAGCGAAAACUCUCAUCCAUUCCUUGUUUUAUAUUUAAUGUUUUUUUUACCCCUGCUUUGUAAUUUGCUGCCAUGACAUGAAUAAUGAUAACAAUAAUAAAACAAAAAUCAUCUUUGCUCAUCU